UCAUUUAUUUUGGUCCGUCUUCUUCUGGGUAGCGCGUUGCAGAAGCAAAAAAUAACACGUUUCAAUCCUGUCUGGUGCAAUAUUGUCGCUCCUGGCGAUCAGAAACUAUCUUUCCUUGAAUAUUUGUUAGUUGCUGCACUUCCCUAGCACAUAAUAGUUCCUGAUUCUGCACGGAAAAAUGGCCUAAACGAGGUAAACCAACGGCCUUUAGGCACUAGGUAAGUCACCGGAGAUGGCCACCUGUAACAAUUCCGCCAGUAAAAAGGAAACAUUCCGCGAACGCCAGGAAACGGAACUGGAAGUGAUUCGCUCAAUCUACGAGUGCCAAGUGGAGGAUCUGCGUCCCCCGGAAGGUAAAUGGCGGCCACUGGAAGUACGGCUCCAUUUAACCCCACAGAAAGGCUCGGCCCGCGAGGCAUAUGUAAAGACAGACCUUCACAUAAGCUGUCAGAAAAAUUAUCCGAAAUACCCACCAAAAAUAGAAUUAGAAAAUACGGUCGGCUUGUCCGUUGGAUUGGUGAACGAACUUCUGGAACAACUGAGGCAGCAAGCUGACGAAUUGAAAGGAGAAGUUAUGAUCUACGAACUGGCUGGGACUGUCGAAAGUUUUCUUCAUCGGCAUAAUGUACCACCCAAAGGCAGCUUCUACGAUGAAAUGCUAGCCAACCGGCAACGGUUAGCGAGAGAUCGUCAGAAUACUCUGAAAGCGGAGGAAGAUCAACGCCGUCAGGUAGUUCAGGAUGAACUGCAGAAACGCAAGAAGGAGCUGGAACGAACACGGAAGGAAUCCAGGCACAGUAUUAGUGAAGUCAGUCCGCUGCAUCGGAACACUAGUUCUUCGGAAAACAGCGAUGGAAGCAACUUCAAAGGCUUAUCUAAUUUUUGUCUAGAACACCGAAGAAGUGAGACUCUCUUUUUCCGAGACGGAAGAAAGAUAGUGAAAGGUUCCUGUCUCGGACAUUCCCAGAGAGGUUGCAUAGCGUACUCUGGCAUUGAUGCCCAGACGGGGCAGCUGUUGUAUCUAACCGAGUGGAAUAUCGACUUCAAUGAGGAUGGAAAAACAGUGUGCGGAAAAUCAGCAGAUGAAAUCGUUGCUGAGAUUGAGAAGCAGGUGGCCUGUCUAACUCCGUUGAAGCAUAAAAACAUAAUUUCCUACGAGGGUGUUAUCUGUAAGGUAGGAAACGAUGCGAUUGAUGUCUUUCUGGUUCAGGAUUUUAUUCUCGGAACCAGUCUGUUCACCAUUACUGGUUCACUUGGAUGGGGCGCCGAAGGAGCCAGCAUGGUGGCCAAAGGGAUACUGGAGGCGCUUAUAUAUCUGCAUAACAACGGAGUCUCACAUGACAAUCUAUCUGAUUCAACCGUGUUUUUAGAUAAUUCCGGUUGUAUUCGAGUAGCAGACUUCAAACUAAUUCCCUUUAUACAGGAGUUGAUAACGGGUCAACAAUGCAUCCGAGGUGAUCUUCCAUCGCUUGGCACUCUCGUUGAAUCACUGUCUAACGCUCACUCCGAGAUGAAGGAUUUCAUCGAUCGCUGUAAAUCAGAGCGAACCAUAUCGGCGUCCGAUCUUCUGGAACACCCCUUUCUUCGACCAAUCCUUUUCCAAGAUGUUCCGCGAGAUACCAAGCGACAUCAGAUGGAUAACGAUCAACCGCAACCGGAAAAGUCCCACCAUUCGAUGAUUCCGGCCUACAUGAACACUUCAAUCACCGGAGAGAAAUCACGACUCCAUACGGAAUUUGAAGUUCUAUCCCACAUCGGUAAAGGUGCUUAUGGUGAUGUGCUCAAGGUUCGUAACAUCUUAGACAACCGACAGUACGCGAUCAAGCGUAUUUUGUUACCCGCACGGAGUAAACAAUUCUAUAAAAAGAUGACACGCGAAGUAGAGCUCCUAUCUAGGUUAAACCACGAAAACGUGGUUCGUUACUACAACAGCUGGGUGGAAACAGUAAGUCCGGAAGACGAGCCCCAUCAGGGUGUGGAAUCGAGCUGUGACUGGUCGCUAAGCACCGGAAGCACACACCAACGGGUUGCAACGGCCAAGACACUUAAGAAGAACAGCGAGAAGAACUCCGAUUGGGUGUUCGAUUGUAUGGUGAUCGACUCGAGCAGCAGCGAUGAUGACGAUGACAGCAGUUCCGAUGGGAUAGAGUUUGUGGAUUCCAACGGAGAGGUGGCAACCUACGGAAGUUUUAGCGAUGGGGCAGUUGCGGAGAAAGAGAGGGAAAAGCCCUGCGGGACACCGGCCUUUCCGAUGGAGAUACUGUAUAUGUACAUUCAGAUGGAGUUUUGUGAGAAGAGCACUUUGAGAACCGCCAUCGAUUCCGACCUGUACUUAGAUGUUGAUCGAGUUUGGCGUCUGUUUCGGGAGAUCGCAGAGGGCCUCAGUCACAUCCACCAGCAGGGCAUGAUCCACCGUGAUCUCAAACCAGUAAACGUUUUUCUCGACUCCCGCGAUCAAGUUAAAAUCGGAGACUUUGGACUCGCAACAACCAGUAUUCUAGCGCUCCAGAAUCAACAACAAGAGCACGCCGUCCACAGCCAUCAAAUGAAAUCCUUGGACAUGGGCAACUCACUGACGGGCAAAGUAGGCACCGCGUUGUACGUGGCCCCCGAGCUGACUGGGAAUGCCUCAAAAUCCACCUACAACCAAAAGGUUGAUCUGUACUCUCUGGGUAUAAUACUAUUCGAGAUGAGCACCCGUCCACUCGAAACCGGUAUGGAGCGAGUGAAAACUUUGAUGGAUCUCCGAUCCGACUCGAUUCGCUUCCCGGAAUCCAUUCUUGCCGACAGUAAAUAUUCUCAGCAGGUGCAAGUCAUCCGGUGGCUGCUCAACCAUGACCCCAGUAAAAGGCCGACAGCAGAAGAGUUGCUAUCAUCCGAACUAGUUCCACCCACGCGCCUAGAAGCCGGUGAAAUUCAAGAUGUCGUCCGCCAUAUACUCUCCAAUCCACAAUCCCGCCACUACAAGCACCUAAUCGCUCGCUGUUUUGCCCAGGAAAGUGAUGCCAUCUGCGAGCUAAGCUACCAUCUUGAUAUGGUCCCGAUAAUCCCACGUUUCGACUACAUAAAAGCAAAAAUCGUUCAACUUUUUCGUAAACACGGAGCGAUCGAAGUCGUCACUCCACUGCUAACACCUUACACCCGAUCAACGGCACGUAACAACUCGGUCAAACUGUUAACCCACUCAGGUAGUAUCGUGUCACUACCAGACGAUCUGCGGAUACCAUUCAUGCGUCACGUUGCUCUGAAUGGAAUCAAAUUCAUCCGAAGAUAUUCCAUCGGUAGAGUCUAUCGAGAGAAGAAAGUAUUCAACUUUCAUCCGAAACAGGUAUACGAGUGUGCAUUCGACAUCAUCACUCCGAACCGAGGUAAUCUGAUUGUCGAUGCAGAACUCAUUUUCAUAGCUAACGAUAUCAUGCGGGAGCUGAAUAUGCUCGAUCAGCAACGAAACGUGUUCUUCCGCAUCAACCAUAUUAGUUUAUUGCGAUCGAUUCUCCUAUACUGUAAUGUUCCUAAAGAUAAGUACAAAGAAUUGUUCGAAAUCAUCUUGGAAUUCCUGGACGGUAAAAUCUCCAAGUUCCAGCUGGUGGCUUCGGUGAACAGUCAAAUAACGCAGUUAGGAGUCAAAAUCAACACUCCUUACUUGUGCGAUGCACUUCAGAUAGAACUUCCACUGCAGCAGGUCAGUGGAACUAUACUGAAAACACUGAUCAGAGGUAAGGGAGAGGCAGCUAUGCUGGCCAAAGUGGCCAUCAGGGAACUGGAAACGGUCGUUUCCCUCGCUCAAGGUAUGGGAGUACAAUGUCCGAUAACCGUUUGCCCGGGACUGCCGAUCAACUAUGAGCGAGCAAAGAGCGGAGGCAUAGUAUGGCAGCUAAUUGGUGCUCUAAAGGCGAAAAAGAAGAAUCCUUUGACUACGAUAGCCGUUGGAGGACGGUACGAUGCGAAACUGUCGGAAUAUCAGAAAUCUGGCAUCAGCAAUGGAUUGCAGGUUCCCAAAGUCGAACUCAGUGGAGCUGGUUUCAGUUUUCACCUGGAUAAACUAGUUUACGCCACGGGUUCCUCAGUAGGUUGCGAACCAGUAGAAGUAAUGAUUUAUAUUACCGGAUCUAGACCUCCGUUGAAGGAGGUCGUUCAAAUACUGCGUUCUUUUUGGGCGCAUGGCAUUAAGACAGGGCUGCUGGAGGGCGCUCUAUCGAUUGAAGAACUGGCUAAGGAAGCCGGGGCUAAUUUGGUGGUUAUGCUUGGCGAGGGUGGUGAACUGCGAGUUCGCAGCUGGGACCAUGAUCGCUUUCAAGAGCGCCAUGUCACUCGACCCGAACUGAUAAGUUACAUGCUCAAAAUCCUUCGACCUGAUUCGUCAGUCAACGAUCUAUCAGCAGUACUACAGAACACCUCACUGGCGAGUAGCGCUUCAACCAAAAGCAUACCAUCACUGUUGAGUGGUCAAUCGCAGAACAAAAGCGCGGCAUCGCUUGAUCUCAUCUUUCUCACCUCAGAGAAAAUAAACACGAACAAAAAACGACGCUACGAGAACCUGGUUGAGCAUAAACUCUCCCCGGUGCUGGCGAAGUUCCAGAAAAAGGAGAAAAUCUCAGUCAUUAUGGUCGAUCUCCCGAACGCUCCCUUACGUGGCCUAAUCGGUCUGCUGGAUCCAACGGAAUGCGCCAGCCACGACGAGUCGUCGCCGAACUCGGUGGAACUGAAGUCCCUAAUCGAGCGAUAUCCCAAACACAAACGUAAUAUAAUGGAGAUUUUUGGCGAAAUUGUAGAUAUUUUUAGCGAGAGCAAAGCGAUGCCGAUAGUUGGAGUCUAUAGUGUGCUGGAUUCUUUUUGUCGGUUGAUACUGUAGAGGGCAUCAUCAUCGGAAGCCACCUGGAAAAAAUUAUCGAAUAUCAUAAAGCUGGAAUCUUUGCGAAAAGUAGAAUUUAUACAGGCGCUUUUAAUUGGUUCGUUAUAUUUGGCUUAUUGAACAAAAAUACUGGUAAGAAUAUUUUAUACGAGUAUCAA